GCCCCCCCAGGUAAGGUGGAAGCUGCAGUGAUGGCUGCCAUCGAUGCUGGGUAACGCCACUUUGACUGUGCCACGUGUACCAUAAUGAGAAGGAAAUUGUAUGUGUACCAGAAUGAGAAAGAAGUUGGGGAAGGGAUCCAGCAGAAAAUCAAGGAAGGUGUUGUGAAGCGAGAGGACCUCUUCAUUGUCAGUAAGUUAUGGUGUACCUUUCAUGAAAAACCUCUGGUGAAGGGAGCAUGCCAGAAGACUCUUGCUGACCUGAAACUGGAUUACCUGGAUCUCUACCUCAUCCACUGGCCUUUUGGUUUGAAGGCAGGAGAGGAGCUGUUUCCCACAGAUGACAAAGGCAUGACUAUACCCAGCAACACGGAUAUUCUACAUACAUGGGAGGCCAUGGAAGAGCUGGUGGAUGCUGGCCUGGUAAAAGCCAUUGGAAUCUCCAACUUCAACCAUGAGCAGACUGAAAGAAUCCUAAACAAACCGGGACUGAAGCACAAGCCUGCAAAUAACCAGAUCGAGUGUCAUCCAUAUCUUUCCCAGGAAAAGCUUAUCAAAUACUGCCAAUCCAAAGGGAUCACUGUGACAGCAUAUUGUCCGCUUGGACGCCCUGACAGGGAUAAGCCAGAGGAGCCUUCCCUUCUGGGUGACCCCAAGAUCAAAGAGAUUGCAGCCAAGCACAACAAAACCCCAGCACAGGUUCUCCUUCGCUUCCAGAUCCAGAGAAAUGUGAUUGCCAUUCCCAAGUCAGUCACACCACAGCGCAUUCUGGAGAACUUCAAGGUGUUUGACUUUGAAUUGACUGAAGAGGAGAUGGCAGCCCUACUCAGCUUAAACAGAAACUGGAGGAUCUGUGAAAUGAUCAUGUGCAAAAAUCACAAGGAGUACCCUUUCAAUGCAGAAUACUGAAGAUGGUUUUAUCCUGCUCUC